UCUGUGGCCGAGGCGAAGGUAGACCCGUAGAACAGGUUGUGCUACUGUCUGGCGACCAGACGUGUGGGGAUUAGCACACUGUCAAAUACCGAAGAGCCAAGUUGCAUCGCUAUCGAUUUAUUUCUCCUUUCUUUUAAAGUUCACAUUUGACUUCCCUUGUCUCAGUGCGCCCGCAGCACGGGAGAAGGAAACGAUGAAAGUGCAUUUCACUCAAACGUUGUCCCUGGUAUUGGUAGCUUUUUUUGGUCUUACCACCUCUGUUAUUUUGCUCUUUCUGUAUUUUGAGCCAUCUAUUUUGUGUCCAUCUACAUUAGCUGAUAUAAAAAGCAAUGAAGACACAGAGUCUGAUGAGAAGCCCAUAGUCCUGCUGUGGUUCUGGCCUCUUGAAAGCCAGGACUAUGUGAAGUUUGAUAUGAAAAUGUGCUCAAAACACUUCAACGUUGACAGCUGCAUAGUGACCGAUGACAGAUCCACGUACAGCAGAGCAGAAGGAGUCCUAUUCUACCAUAAAGAAAUAUCCUGGAGUUUGAACAACAUGCCUCAGGGUCCGCGUCCAACUUUUCAGAAGUGGAUUUGGUACAAUUUAGAAUCUCCCAGAAACACAGCAAAGAAACCGGGUUUAGAUAACCUGUUCAACUUAACACUGAGCUACAGACGAGAUGCUGGCAUUGUGGUGAGGAAUGAGAUGAAGAUCAAGAAACCAGAGAUGAAGGACGACUUUGUUCUGCCAAAGAAAGACAAACUGGUGUGUUGGAUUGUCAGUAACAACAACCCAUAUACUGGAACAAAUGUGAGAGAGAAAUAUUACCGCGAACUGUCCCAACACAUGAAGAUCGAUGUCUUUGGUGUUGCCUUUACAGGGAAACGAUUGGAUUUUGAAGACUAUUACCCAACACUUGCAAGUUGUAAGUUUUACCUCUCAUUUGAGAACUCGCUUUACAAAGACUACAUCACAGAGAAGCUAAACGGGCCCCUCGCAGCAGGGGCGGUCCCUGUGGUUAUUGGUCCAACAAGAGAAAACUACGAGCAGUUCCUUCCCAAUGGCUCCUUCAUUCACGUUGAUGAUUUCCCUGAUGCAAAAUCAAUGGCAGAGUUUCUGCAACACCUGGACAAGGACGAUGAAGCGUACAUGAGUUACUUUGAGUGGAGAAAGUACUACGAAGUCACUCCUCAUCUUUUGAGAGUGAGCAAUGAAUUCUUUCAUGCCAUCUGCCUCGCCUGUGACCACAUAUCAAGAGACAAAGGUUACCAUGUUGUUAAUGACCUUUAUGAAUGGUACUUUACAUGAAAAACUACAGUGAAAACAUUGGGGAAGGCUCUGAAUGUAUUAAUUAAAAGAAAUGUAUAAAAAAAAGUUCUGGGAUUCUGUGCUGUUGAUUGAACAUACUGUAUAAAUAAUUUUUCACUUUG